AUGCCAGACUCUGACUCUCUGGGUUCCGCACAGCGAUCGUCUAUCGUGACUGACGCCUCCGGAAAGCCGGCAACUCAAAAUCCAGAACGCUCCAUUGACAACGCGGUCGAGAGAGCUCUCGCCUACGAUUGCUUCACACUCAGCAAGAUCUUCAACAUGUCGUUAGGUAGCGUCCUGCUCAUCGAGGUCACUCCAAAUUCCAGCUGUGGGCGGGAGCACUGUAUCUUCCGUUCUGCCUUCCUUCAACACUAG